CUUACAUGGUUGUAAAUUGUUGUUUCAACCACAAUGGUAUCUGCAAUAUUGCAGUUUCGGAUGUCUUCGCAACUGCAAAUACCGAUUUUUUAGCUGCAUUUUCCCCCAUUACUAUUUUGGUUUGUUAUGUUAAACGCCCUUGCUUGAAUUCACCCACAAUAGUUGUAUUCUUUUUGGUUCACAGGUAUUUGGCAGCCGACUGUGCCAAGAUGGGAGAAGAUGUUUUGCUCUUCGGUUGGCUCAGUUCCAUGGAAAAGCUGGUAGAAACCAAGUAUAUGUAUCUGUACGACAACGUCGUUAAUUGGAAUGAUUCGGCUAGUGAAGAAGCCUUUGACAAUGCAAAAAGUAGGUUUUGGUCCGAAAUCAAUGGGCUUCCUUGUGACAUACCGUUGCCUGAUCCUGACAUUUACAUUGACGAUAUCGAUUGGAGUUCAACUAUUGACCCUGAGCUUAUUCUAGACUUGGAAAGAGACGCAAUAGUCCCUAGUGACAAAGAAAAUGAUGCGGAGGUUGUGAUCAUCGGCGACGCUCUACUUGUGAAUCAGUCAUUUUUCUGCAUUGGAAUUGCAAUAAAAUACACUAAAAUUUAACUUUCAACUUCGAUUUUUUUUUUUCAUUUUUGUAAUCUAAUUAAUGACAU